GGCAGUAGUGGAGGGGAGCGGGCAGUAACGAAGUCUGCACAGAUACAAAUACUGAAAGUGUGUUUCGUACAAGAGGCAGAUCCGCUGGAUGUGGGUGCUGAACCAGAAGAGCUCAGCUGCAGAAUUCAAGACGAGACAAAAAAGCGCAUCCUCACUGCCUCAGGGUUACAUAUCCUCGGUCUGGCUGGCGUCAAGGUGCGGGUACGAGAGAGUGAGCGCCCACUCGGUCAAACUAUCUGACAAAAUGACACCCCAAUGACUCCGCACCAACCUUGGUAGAGACACAUAGGUUGGGAUGGCGAAGGAAACGAAAGGGAAAGCCGCUUCCCGUCAGCACAGUGCCUCCCACUGGCGGAUGCAGGACAUUGCACAGGAGUCUGUUGACAGCUCAGAUGAGGAGUUUUUCGAUGCCAGAGAUGUGCUGGAGGGGAAGAGUGCCAUCCUCCUGGGGAUGAGCCAGUGGAACUCCAACGACCUGGUGGAGCAGAUCGAGACCCUGGGACACAUGGACCAAUCACAAGGGAGCCUGUAUCGCCUGGGGCGUCCUCGAUGUGUCCCUCAGAGCAGCAUCGACGGGUUAGAGGACAUGGAGAAGACCCAGUGUAAGACCCACGUGUUGCUGCUGGUGAUGCAUGGUGGGAACAUCCUGGAUACGGCAGGGGGAGACCCUGGCACCAAGGCUGGCGAUGCCACCACGCUGUCCUCUGUGCUGGAGAAGGUGGCCCGGGCACACUUCCAGGCCGCAGCAGAACAUGUGAUGAUCAAGCUAGUGGCCUGCCCGGCUGUGUGUGCCGAGGCCUUCUCCCUCGUCUCCAAUCUGAACCCAUACAGCUAUGAUGAGAGCUGUGUGUCCAGCAGCGUUGACCACCUGCCCCUGGCCGCCCUCCCGCUCCUCGCCAUCGCAGCCCCACACUACCAGGACGCCGUGGCAACCCUCAUCACCCGCGCCAACCAGGCCUACCACAGCUUCCUCGUGUCCCAGGAUGGUCAGGGCUUCACCGGACAGGUGUGUGUGAUGGGUGACUGUGUGGGAGGUGUGCUGUGCUUCGAUGCCCUGUGUUUCAGCAGCAGCAGUAGUAGCAGUCAGAGGCAGCACAGCAGUCCCAGCAGCAGCAGGAACAACAGCACUGAGAGCCUCAAGGAUAACCCCGAGGACAGCCCCUGUCACAGCCCCAGCCUUGGCCUCAGCUCCAGUAAGAGGCUGAGUAAGAGUAACAUUGAUAUCUCGGCCCUGCCCAGCGAUGGACAAAACCAGGCCAGACAGCCCCUCAGCAGGAAACAGAGUGACUCGUAUGAUGGAGACACAUCUACUGGACAACACAGCUUCUUCAGCAGUCUGAUGCAGGAGGGGGUGGACCUGCGCCCCGGCAGCAGCAGUAGUCUGAUUUUGAACCCAGGGAGGUUUGAUUUUGAGGUCUCUGAAUGUUUCCUGCUGGGCUGUCCACUGGGUCUGGUGCUGGCCAUGAGACGCACGGUACUGCCUGCUGUCCAGGUGAGUCAACUCCGUCCUGCCUGCACCCAGAUCUUCAACCUGUUCUACCCCUCAGACCCCUCUGCCUCCAGACUGGAGCCCCUGCUGGAGCCCCUCUUCCACAAGCUGCCCCCCUUCCCCAUGCCGCGCUACCAGCGCUACCCCCUGGGAGACGGACGCUGCACACUUAUAGCUGACAGUAUCCAAAGUCACCCAGAGGUGUUCCUGGAGGCAGAGCCCAGUCCUGGUGCCCCGGCCGUGCCCCCUUCCCCUGAGACAGACAGCAGUGGAAGGGGAAGAGGAGGAGGAGGAGGGCGCAGAGCCAGUGUGACCAGCGUGGACAGUGAGACGUCCUUCUGCUCUGUGGGCCGGAUGAGUAGCACCAUCACCAACAUUUCCAGUAGCUGGUGGGGCUCUAAGAGGUUGGACUAUGCUCUGUACUGUCCAGACGUGUUGACCUCCUUCCCCACCGUGGCACUGCCUCAUCUCUUCCAUGCCUCCUACUGGGAGUCCACUGAUGUAGCUGCGUUUCUGCUCCGACAGCUCAUACGAUGCGACAGUGUGAAGGCCCAGGAAGCUGACAGCAAGGACUCAGCCCCCUUCUCUCCAUCCAGCCCACGGGAGAAGUGGCUUCGCAGGAGGACGCCUGUCAAACUGAGGAAUGUGACUGGCAACCACAGGGUGAAUGAUAUCAUCGCCACAGAGGAGGGACCACAGACGCUGGUUGGUCGGUUCAUGUACGGCCCACUGGACAUGGUGACUCUGACUGGAGAGAAGGUGGACAUUCUCCUAAUGACCCAGCCCCAGUCCGGCCGUUGGGUCCACUUUGACACAGAGGUGACCACCAGUAGUGGCAGAGUGGUCUACACCAUCCCCAAGAGCAAGAAGCUGGCCACCGGGGUCUACCCUAUCAAAAUGAUGGUCAAGGGAGAUCAGACGAGUGCAGAGGCUUACCUGACGGUGCUGCCCAGGGGGAUGGAGUGUGUGGUGUUCAGCAUCGAUGGCUCCUUCGCUGCUAGCGUCUCCAUCAUGGGCAGCGACCCUAAAGUCCGCCCCGGAGCAGUGGACGUCGUCAGACACUGGCAGGACCUGGGCUAUCUUAUCAUCUACAUCACAGGGAGGCCAGACAUGCAGAAGCAGCGCGUGGUGUCAUGGCUGUCCCAACACAACUUCCCCCAGGGCAUGAUCUUCUUCUCUGAGGGCCUGGUCCACGACCCACUGAGACAGAAAACCAUCUUCCUCAGGAAUCUAGUGCAGGAGUGUCACAUUAAGAUCAACUCAGCCUAUGGCUCCAUGAAGGACAUCUCCGUGUACAACAUGCUGGGUCUGAGUCCUUCACAGAUUUACAUUGUGGGCAGGCCUUCCAAGAAGUACCAGAAUCAAUGCCAGUUCCUAAGUGAUGGCUAUGCAGUGCAUCUCUCCUCACUGCAGUUUGGCCACCGGACCAGAUCCAAGAAGACCUCCUCGGUCCGCAUGGUCCUGAGGAAAGGCUCAUUCGGCCUCUCUGCCAAACCUGACUUCCUGUGUAAACGCACCCACCUGAGGAGAACCAUGUCUGUCCAGCACCCUGACCCUCCCUGCACCCCCAACCCUAAGCCUGAGCGGGCCCAGAGCCAACCAGAGUCUGAUCAGGAUCCCGGGGGAGGAGGAGGGGGCGGCGGCCAUGGUGUCUGGGGGCGGGCCUCCAUACACCGUGGAGACGCCACACCCUGACAAACAGAGAGAGAUGGAGGGAAGAUGGACAAGGAGGAGGACAAGGGUCUCAUUGUCCAGGGCCAAGUGUUGUCACCUAUAUUGGAUCUUCUGCUGGUAUCAGUUGUGUUAACCUCCUGCUUGGCUGCUUGGCCCUCUACACAUCUUCAACAGCUUCUCCAUUCCCAGGACUUAUGUCUAAUAUUCCUCAAGUUUUCACCUAAUGCUUGAAACAGCCAUGCAUUCAUCCUAAUGCGGCCUCUCAAGCUCAAAUUAUGUCCACGUUCUUUCAGUGGCAGUGCUAUUGAAACAGUAUGUUAUUUUUUGUCAAGCAAAGAGAGAGACACUUUGGUCAUUUGUAUCAUGGUGCAGAAACACUUGCUGCAGAACAGGAGAUCAACACACAGACGCCACCACAGUCAAAUGCUAGAAGACUCCCUCUCGUCCCCCACUGGGAAUAGCAACAGAUGAGAUCCUGUUGAAACCUAUGGAGCAAUGUUCUAGCCCAAGCAAUAUACCAUCAGGAGAUGUUCCAGACAGUGUGUUCAUUUACCUGUUGUGUUGACAGGUGGCAGAGCUACACUGACAGACUCCUGGAAUUAUCCUUUAUAUACAUAGGACAGACAUCUUGUCCCUCUCUAUGGUCUGUGUCCCCAGGAGUGCUGUGGGCCUCUGGCUGCUUCACACUGUGGACAUUAACCUUAUGUUCCUCAGCCCGGCUGACCUGACCUAACCCCACUCCAGCCUCAGCCCUAUGGCCAUCCAUCCAUCUCUCCCUCUCUCAUUCAGUUAGUCAGUGAGGCAGAACACGGCUUCAGACAGCAGCCUGGUAGGGGGUCCACGUCCACUGAACCGACGACAGAGUGGACAGCCGAAAGCUGCUCUGUCUUGCACUAUCCAAGUACUACAGUAUACCGCGGUGCUUGGUGUUCUGUAGGUCUGAAUCCUAAAGGAUGUGUUAUAUCUCAGCACACUCGCUGCAGGCUGUGACAAUGCCUGUGGAAUGCUGUUACUCCUGGUGGCUCAGAUACAAUAGCGGGAUUUGCUUGCUGUUGUUGUGAUCUUAUAUCUGACUGCAGAUGUGGAACUACAUGUUUUACUCCUCUGUCAGGAUCCUGGGCAUGUAUGGAUGGACUGAGUAUUAUGUGCUUUGUAAAGCUGUUUGAGGGAAUGGUUGUACUGAUUUGACCAAAAUUCUUUACAGGGUUGUGAUGAGAUAGACUCAGACAUCAGAGUAGUCAUGGCGACCUCACAUGAGGAAUGAUGAAACAACUGAUUGAAUAUUGUUAUUGUCAGAAGUCUAAAAUGUGGAACUGACACUGAGAAGUGAAUAUGUUCUAUGAACGGUAUAUCUUUCAAUAGAUCCUAACUUCCUGUCGGGUGAAAUAACAUCAUUCAGAAUGUUCUAGCUUCCAUCCAUUUUAGGAAAGCUACAUCUUGAACUGUAAGGGUUGUCGUUAGGACUAAUGAAGGGGUGUGUCUAUUGAUAGGAGAUACCAUGUCAUCAUAUUUACUGUACUAUGGUGGGUUAGGAAAAGAUCUGACCACUCUGUGCAACUCACAUAUUUUUCUAUAAUGAAAACUGUGUACAGAAAUAUUUUAAAAGUGUGUUUUUUUAACAUGGUUGUUUAACGUGACUGAUAGUUACUUUUGCCUUAAAUUGUAUUUUGUUGUUGUGUAGAAUUAUGAAAAUUACAUUAUUAUCCUAAUUGCUUGACCAAAGUAGGAGUUUGACAUUCAUAAGAAAGUGUGUUGUAUCGACUUGAUAUUUUGUCUUGUAUACAUUUGAAGUAUAUUCUGAAAGGGAGUCAUGCGUCAUGCAUGCACUGUGAGUGUGUGUUAUUGUGUGUGUGUACGUUUCUGUAUAUUCAAGUAUUAAGUAUUUAUGGUGUAAAUACCUGUAGCUCCAAUAUGCUCCUGAGCACGACAAGUAAAGACCAUGUAUUCUGGACGGAGAAGUCAAAGGUUGGUCAGUGUUGCCUGUUCUUCAAGGCAGGAGUAGUAGUGUGUUCUUCAAGGCAGGAGUAGUAUUGUGUUCUUCAAGGCAGGAGUAGUAUUGUGUUCUUCAAGGCAGGAGUAGUAUUGUGUUCUUCAAGGCAGGAGUAGUAUUGUGUUCUUCAAGGCAGGAGUAGUAGUGUGUUAUUCAAGGCAGGAGUCGUAGUAGUGUGUUCUUCAAGGCAGGAGUAGUAGUGUGUUAUUCAAGGCAGGAGUCGUAGUAGUGUGUUCUUCAAGGCAGGAGUAGUAUUGUGUUCUUAAAGGCAGGAGUAGUAGUGUGUUCUUCAAGGCAGGAGUAGUAUUGUGUUCUUCAAGGCAGGAGUAGUAUUGUGUUCUUCAAGGCAGGAGUAGUAUUGUGUUCUUCAAGGCAGGAGUAGUAUUGUGUUCUUCAAGGCAGGAGUAGUAUUGUGUUCUUCAAGGCAGGAGUAGUAGUGUGUUAUUCAAGGCAGGAGUCGUAGUAGUGUGUUCUUCAAGGCAGGAGUAGUAUUGUGUUCUUAAAGGCAGGAGUAGUAGUGUGUUAUUCAAGGCAGGAGUAGUAUUGUGUUCUUCAAGGCAGGAGUCGUAGUAGUGUGUUCUUCAAGGCAGGAGUAGUAUUGUGUUCUUCAAGGCAGGAGUAGUAUUGUGUUCUUCAAGGCAGGAGUAGUAUUGUGUUCUUCAAGGCAGGAGUCGUAGUACUGUGUUCUUCAAGGCUGGAGUAGUAUUGUGUUCUUCAAGGCAGGAGUAGUAGUGUGUUAUUCAAGGCAGGAGUCGUAGUAGUGUGUUCUUCAAGGCAGGAGUAGUAUUGUGUUCUUAAAGGCAGGAGUAGUAGUGUGUUAUUCAAGGCAGGAGUAGUAUUGUGUUCUUCAAGGCAGGAGUCGUAGUAGUGUGUUCUUCAAGGCAGGAGUAGUAUUGUGUUCUUCAAGGCAGGAGUAGUAUUGUGUUCUUCAAGGCAGGAGUAGUACUGUGUUCUUCAAGGCAGGAAUAGUAUUGUGUUCUUCAAGGCAGGAGUAGUAUUGUGUUCUUCAAGGCAGGAGUAGUAUUGUGUUCUUCAAGGCAGGAGUAGUAUUGUGUUCUUCAAGGCAGGAGUAUUAUUGUGUUCUUCAAGGCAGGAGUAGUAUUGUGUUCUUCAAGGCAGGAGUCGUAGUACUGUGUUCUUCAAGGCUGGAGUAGUAUUGUGUUCUUCAAGGCAGGAGUAGUAGUGUGUUAUUCAAGGCAGGAGUAGUAGUGUGUUAUUCAAGGCAGGAGUCGUAGUAGUGUGUUCUUCAAGGCAGGAGUAGUAUUGUGUUCUUCAAGGCAGGAGUAUUAUUGUGUUCUUCAAGGCAGGAGUCGUAGUACUGUGUUCUUCAAGGCUGGAGUAGUAUUGUGUUCUUCAAGGCAGGAGUAGUAGUGUGUUAUUCAAGGCAGGAGUCGUAGUAGUGUGUUCUUCAAGGCAGGAGUAGUAUUGUGUUCUUAAAGGCAGGAGUAGUAGUGUGUUAUUCAAGGCAGGAGUAGUAUUGUGUUCUUCAAGGCAGGAGUAGUAGUGUGUUAUUCAAGGCAGGAGUCGUAGUAGUGUGUUAUUCAAGGCAGGAGUCGUAGUAGUGUGUUCUUCAAGGCAGGAGUAGUAUUGUGUUCUUCAAGGCAGGAGUAUUAUUGUGUUCUUCAAGGCAGGAGUCGUAGUACUGUGUUCUUCAAGGCUGGAGUAGUAUUGUGUUCUUCAAGGCA